GCGCAAUGGAGGUCUCGUUGAGUUUUCUUAUUCUGCUACUUGCAGUUUUAUGUAAAUUUAGUGAUUGUUUGGAACAUGAUUUAACUAUUGAUGUGGGGGCUGGUAUAGAAGAAUGUCUUUAUCAAAAUGUUAAAAAACCGACAAACUUAGAGAUUGAAUAUCAGGUUAUAGAUGGGGGUGAUUUGGAUGUUGAUUUUAGUAUUAUUACACCUACAGGACAGAAAAUAGUCCAUGAUUUACGUAAAACAGAAAAUGUUCACAAGGUGGGUGUAAAAAUACCAGGAGCUUACAGAUUUUGUAUUGACAAUACUUUUAGUCGUUUUACUAACAAGGUAGUAUUUUUUGAAAUACUAACUGAUGACGAUGAUGAUGAGGAGGAUGAUAAUGAUUGGCAAUUAGAAAAAGAUGAAGUAGAAGAGUACAUUGACAUGACAAUAGAUGAUUUAAAGAAAUUGGUGUCCACAGUGAAAACAAAUUUAGAAAAAUCAUCUCAGUUACAGAACAUUUUACGAGUUUACGAAGCCAGAGAUAGAAAUAUCCAAGAAAACAAUUUCCAUCGUGUUAAUUUUAUGUCCGGUGUUCAGUUAUUUAUCAUGAUAUCAGUAGGAUUAACUCAAGUUCUGAUGAUACGCAACUUAUUUACUGAACAACACCCAAAAAAUACGAAAGUAUCAACAUAAUUUUUUUUUUAAAAUGGGUUUAUAGUAAUGUAUAUUUAUAGAUAUUACAUUGAAUUGAAUUGAAAUAUUAUUUCUGAAAGCUGAUAGAAGCUUGUUAGGGAUAUAAAAAAAUGUGAAUUGGUUUGGUUUUGUUGUAGAAUAUUUGAUUUUAUUACCAUUUAUCUGAGAACAAUUUGUAAAGAAAUAACCCUUUGAACCUCUAGUUUCUAUAUGAUAAAUGUUCUUUCCUUGCUGUUGGGUAUAAAAGUUUGCCUUUGAACUAUAUUCUCAACCUCUGGCGCUCUGACUUGUAAAUUCCAUUAUCAAUGUUGACUUCCACUUCAUGGGGCAGUUUAGUGAGAAAAAAAAGAAGUUAGAAAUCAAGUUACUAUUUAUAGUAGUCAUAAACAGCGUUGUAUGAAGACAUCCCGCUUUCUGACUUGACAAUGAAAUUGAUAAUUUGUCUCAAUCUGAUUGGAGAAUGAGAUUAAUAAUUGUUCUCAAUCUGUAACAGUUCUAUCAAUAAUUUAUCCCAAUCUGAUUGGACAGUUCUAUUAAAAAAAUUUCCCAAUUUGAUUGGACAAUUCUAUUAAGAAUUUGUCUCAAUCUGAUUGGACAGUUCUAUUAAGAAUUUGUCUCAAUCUGAACGGACAGUUGUAUGAGUAAUUUGUCUCAAUCUGAUUAAACAUGUUAAGCAAUGACAGCAGAGCUUGAGAAUCAAGUAUGAAUUGGAUUUUAACAAGAGUACUGCACUGUUGCUGGAGUUUACUGGGUCCAUUGACCCUCCCACAUCAUAAUUUUCAAUUAAACAUAUGAUUUAAUUACCAAUUAAAAGCACAAAAAUAUAAUGUAAGCAUAUUGUUAUUAGGUAUAAAAAUGACUAAAAUUGGGAUUUACCCUAGUAUUAAUGAUUUUGAUUAUUUGUAUUGUGUUAAUCUAAGCAGCCCAUAUAUGCUUCUGGCAACAAAUUUAUAAAGCUGCUCACCAAACAAAUGGAAUGGAGUAACGGUAAUUCUGCAAGAAAUUUACAUGCUAUGGUGAGUUUGGGAACGAUUCUUGCAGUUGUUGUUGCCUUGUUAUUAUAAGCAUGUGGGUGGACUACACAGUAGGCCAGUUGUAUUGUUAAAGUUUGAAUUUUUUAGAAUAGGUUUCAGCAUCAAAAGGUUAUUAUUAAAGCUCUGUGAACAAAUCAAUUGUAUAAGAAGAGUAAGUUAAAUCUGGGUUCUUUUUGCUGUUUAUGUUAAUAUUUGGGAAAUAUAUGUUUGUUUAUAAUCCGUUCAUUGUCAUGUAAUUGGAUAUAUUAAAUUUCAAAUCUUUUGUUAUAGUAAAAGGAAUUUUCAAAGGGCAUGUUUUGGGCUGUUAAACAGAAAUAGAAAAAAAUUAGGUAAUUUACUUUAAUAUAAGCCAAUUAACCUUUGUAUUAGCCAUAAUAAUAUAUUUCUAUAUUAUGAUGGGCAUAAGAAAAAAUGCCUAAGUUUGGGAUAUUUCGAUUUUUGAUAUUAAAUCGAUUAGUGGUUUUUCCAUAUAUAUUUUACAACGAAGAAAAAAUGAUAGCCAGCUUGUAUAAUUAAUUUAGGUUUUGUAUCAUAUGCAUUUGAGAAAAUAUCUCAGAAGAUGUGAAACUUCAUAAUUUGGUUUAUUCUAUGCAACUAUCACAAAACCAAGGUUUUAUGUAAUAUUAUGGUUUUAUGUGUUCAACUUCUGAGAUGUUACAUAUCUUUAGUGGCUAUAAAAACCCUUCUGCUCAGAAGAGAUCUUAUGAUCCUGACUACAUAAUUAAAUUGGUCCACCCAGUUUUAUUAUUAUCUAGUCUCUUUUGAACAGUAGGGCUUAAGACUCUGAAGACGUUAUUUUACACCAAAACAAUAUUAUGUAAAUAUUUGCUCCAAAAAUGGAAGAAAAUGUCGAUUUUUGUCUACAUUCUAACAAUAGAUAACAACCACAGCUACUUGAAUCAACUUAUUAAAAAAAUUUGUACCUGCCUCUGUUCAGAUGCAUUCUAAGUAGAGAUUGCAGAUUGUCACUACAUUUGAGAAUUGGAAAUUAUAGAAACAUGACUACAGAUAAUUCUACACACCAAAUAAACAAAUUUGACCGAUAUACUAAAAACCUCGCCAUUUUUAAGUCUUGAGAUGUCCUAUUCAAAUAUCUGGUAUUAUGAUGUUACUACCACAUUCUUUAAUUAAUGAGUAGAAUACGAACGGGGCACUUAGAAUUUUUCUAAAAAAGUUGAUCUUCAUUAUCUAUCAUAGAAUAAAGAAACUGAUAAAUUUUUUAGGGACUGUGGAUAAAUUUCAACACUUGCGUCCAAACGGUUAACUGACAGAGUAAGAAAAUGUUGUAAUAUUUCUGUUAAUGAUUCAAUUGUAACCAACUUUUAAUUUAUCAUUUUUAUACGCCCACAUUUUCAUGUGGACGUAUAUUGUUGUCGCCCCUGUCCAGACGUCCACAAUUUGUUUGUGGACACUCUACAGGUCACACUUCUUAUCCGAUUUUGAUAAAACUUGAAAUAUAGGUUUAUCGCCAAAAGAUCUCGGCUGCUUUCAUUAUUGGCAUGUAUCGGAUCGAAACUUCAUGGAUUAUGGCCCCUGUUUGUACGAAAAAUCACGUUUUUAGCUUGUGGACCCUAUAGAGGUCACAAUUUUUAUCUGAUUUUGUUGAAACUUGAAAUGUUAGUUUAUAACCCAAAGAUCUCGGUUCCUUUGGAUAUUCGCGCAUAUCGGACCGUAACUUCCUGAAUUAUGUCCCCUGAUUGUACGAAAAAUCACGUUUUUAGCUUGUGGACUCUAUAGAGGUCAUAAUUUUUAUGCGAUUUAAAAAAACGUAUUAUUAUAUCACCGUUACACCCUAAGGAAGGCUAAAAUUGACAGACAAAUGGCCGCCCUUCGUUCUCAAAUAGCGUAAAAAUAUGGUAUAUCAAGGUUGUGGACCCUAUAAAGGUCACAAUUUUUAUCCGAUUUUGUUGAAACUUGAAAUUUAAGUUUAUAAACCAAAGAUCUCGGUUCCUUUCGAUAUUCGCGCAUAUCGGACUGUAACUUCCUGAAUUAUGGCCCCUGAUUGUACCAAAAAUCGCGUUUUUAGCUUGUGGACCCUAUAGAGGUCAUGAUUUUUAUCCGAUUUAAAAAGCCGUAUUAUUAUAUCACCGUUACACCCUAAGGAUCGCUGAGUUCGAAUUUCAUGUAAAUCGGCCCAAAAUUGACAGACAAAAUGGCUGCAGUUCGUUCUCAAAUAGGGUAAAAAAUAUGGUAUAUCAAGGUUGUGGACCCUAUAGAGGUCACAAUUUUUAUCCGAUUUUGUUGAAACUUGAAAUGAAAGUUUAUAACACUAAGAUCUUGGAUUCUUUGAUAUUUGCGCAUAUCGAAUUGUAAUUUCCUGAAUUAUGGCCCUUGAUUGUAGGAAAAAUCACUUUCUUUUUAGCUUGUUCUCUAUCCAUCUCUCGAAAAUGUGGGCGUAUCCUGCCUGGCAGCCGCUGGUUAUAUCGGGGGUGUCGUUCAACCCACCCACCUUGUUUUACAGGUUAUUCACUUGGACGUAAGUGUUGAAAUUUUAUGACUGUCCCUUAUUAAGAAUAAUUACAAAUGAUCAUUAACAGGAAUUAUUUUGAUUAAAGAUGCAUUAUGUAAGAGCUUAAUCUGCCUUUUUUCUGGCUUCAUGACCAUCCCAUAAUCAACUUCCUGGGCCAUCAGAUGGCUUCAAUUUAAAGUAGAUUAGAACAUCAUGGUCAUUUAUAAGUUUAACGAUAAAAUAGAUAAUUGAGAAUUGAUAUGAUAAUAAACAACAUAUCUUACAUUUUGUUAAUACUAAAAACACUCAUAACAUUGCACAGAGUAGGGGAGCCAUGUGGCUCAAUGAGUAGGAUGUUUGCUCACUAACCUGAAGGUCCCUGUGAUCAAUCCUUGCGCUUGCUGAAAAAGUUGAUCAGGAUUUUCUGGCCAUGGUUCCCCAUUGUCAGUGAUGUAGAACUGGCAAGGGGCAAACUAUAGUAAUUUGGAUGGCUUGAAAGAACGAGGUCCUGUGUACACAUUGGCGUGCACAACAUAAAAGAGCCCUUCACAGUUGGAAUUCGAAAUCAGAAUAGGCCAUAGUGCCGUCGCUGUCUAGGCAAAAUUUCCCUUAUAGCACACUGCAUGGCGUAUGUCUGUCUUUGUUAGCCCUGUAGGAGUAGGAUGUUAAAUUUCAUUUCAUUUCUCACAGAUUAAUUUGCAUGAAGUUUUCAAUAUAUUCAUCUUUUAUCAUCUACGUUUGAACUAUUAUAGCAAGAACGGCCACAGCAACUUAUCCGAAUUCCAGACCCUUUACAUAAUGUAUCUUUAAUAUUUAUUUACAAUUAGCUCAAUUUUAAAUAUUGCCUUAUUUUUUAAAGUUACUACAUUUAAAUAAUAUCUCUGUGGUUAUAAAGUCAAUUUCGACAAAGAUUGUUCAAGACAAUUAAUAUGUCAACAGGCUGUUCAUUUUGUAUGUGCAAGUAUUGUUAUGGCCAUAGUGAUAAUGCCAAAUCCAUGAAAUCCUUUUUUUUUGAUGUAUUUUAAAAACAAGUACCACCAUACCGUGGACCAGGAACUGACUGUGAUGUCAUCACAGCCAUCUUGGGAUGGUUAUGUUAUAUCAAAGAUCAGAGUCUGUCAAUUUAUGCGCAAUUCUCCAAGGAACAGACAUGCCAAGAUUCACAUGUUGAUCACACAUGAGUUGGUGGAGCCGUAGACUUUUUUUCAAGAGAGCGUCUCCCCCCCCCCCCCCACUAUUUGAUAACCCAUCGAAGAAAUGAAAAUAUACAGGAUGUGAGAAUAAUUCCGUAUUAUAACACAUUGCAAGUGUAAUGAUUCAUUUUUUAUAUAAUGUUCCCUUAUUUAAUUUUGUUUUGUUUUAUUAUAUUGUUCCUUAUUUAACAGUAUUGUAAUAAUAUUUUUGAAAUAUAUAUAGAAUUAUAUGGUCACUAACCUAUAGAAUGUUGUUAAGUUUGAUGUUUAUAUAGGCCUAAUUUAGCUUUCCCAGUUAUUAACUGUUAUCGUUUAUCUAACAAAAGAAUAAUUCUUAUUAUAUAUAGUAUGAUAACACAUUUCUGGUAAUGGACUACUUAAGACAAGCACAGACGAAUCAAAUCUUAUAAACACAAUAUAUUUUGUUUUAUAACUUGUUUGAUUUUUGUUUUGGUAGUAAAAGAUAGUAUUUUACUAUGAUCAUUUACAUUAAAAAGUGCAAGAUACGUUGUUUAGGAUAUUGUUCUUUACCGAUUGCCAGCAUUUUCACCAAUCCUGACUUCCUGGCAAUAUAUUUUGUUGAUUGGCAAGAAUAAUAUAAAUUCUCUUUCCAGAUUCUAGUCACAAGAGUUUUACAAAUCCAACAGACUCUGCUGUUGAUUUCGAAUCUGAAGAAAUCAAGACACUCAGUGGCUUUGAAAAUUUAUGUAUCCCAAUUUAGAUUUAAAAUCUUUUGGAAAAAUACUGAAUGUAUUCCAAGUCUGAAUUAAUCCAGAGACUUUGAUGUAUCAUUUAAAGAAAAUAUGCAAUAAAUAAAUAAAUGUAACAAAGACCGUGAUUUCAAUUUAGUAAUCAUGAUAAGAAUAUAGUAUAUGAUCAAAAUAGUGCCAUAAUAUAUAGGUGUAUAUAUAGUUUGAUUGAAAUUGAGGUUUAUUUUGUAGCCUGUAUUGGCUACUCAGCUGUAUUAUUUGAUGCAUGUUUGUUAAUAUUUUGAAUAAGAUAAAGGUUAUAUAAGUAACAAUCAAAUUUGAUUCAUGAAACAUUUUCAAGUCUAGCGAAGGUUUAGUUGACAUUUAAAUAUUUAUAUUUUUGUACAUAUUUUUUUUAAAUUUUUACUCAGUCACUAUGUGAAACAUAGACUAUGUUACAUUACUAAUUAUCAAUGAACAAACUCAAAAGACAAAUGCCCAUGCUAAAUUUAAUCUUAAAAGGAUCAAAAGAAAUAAUAUCUCUAUAGAACACAGUAGGCCUAUCAUGUAAAUCCAAUGUUGUGUAAUGUGUGCCUUCAUUUACUUUAUAAAUAAACUGUUAUUUAAAAUGUG